GAAAGGGGUCAGGAAACUCCGCAGCAGGACGUAGAGGAAUCAUAGGGUCCACUGCGCACCACACUCUAUUCAUAAUGACACCCCAGCAGAUUGCUCUCAUGGUUCUUGCGAUAAUUCGUUGGAUGAGGGUGACCUGGGUGAGGGAACAGAUGGCAGUUAUGUGUGGCAUUUUGUUUAUCCGAUGCAUGACACAGAUCAUCAUGAUGAGGAAGAUGACAGCCAUUCAGUUGCUCCUUGCGCACGUGUCGCUUGCGGAGGACGGGCACGCCAUUCUUGGCCUGCCACCAUUGCCACGUCCUCGACGGCAGCGGUUCUGGGUAAGGCACAGAGCCGGCGGUACGUGGGAAGAGCUAAACAUGGUGGGUCCCGAGCACGACAAAAAGUUCAGAGAGUACACACGGUUGACUAGGCCCAUCUUCCAGCGAAUUGUCGAUCGAAUCUCUCCUCGAAUCCAACGGUUAAACACUUCGUGGAGGCAAGCACUGCCAGCGUCAAUGAAGUUCGCGUUCACCCUUUACCGUUGGGCAAGAGGCGGGUCUUACAGGCAAUGCGGCAACGACUUCGGGAUGGGACUGCAUAGUGUUGUCCGGUGUACGGAGAACGUAUCGACAGCCUUGCUUGCGCACUACGGGGACACGGUGAGGUGGUCUACUGGGGCGUGUUUAGAGACCACUCUUGAGUACUUUGAAGGCAAAGGCUUCCCGAGGUGCUUCGGUGUUAUAGACUGCACACAUGUGUAUCUGGACAAGCCACGCAACGGAAGAGCAGAGGCGUACUACAACAGGAACAGGCAUUACUCCAUCGUCGCCCAGGUUGUGUGCGAUGAAAACCUUCGCAUAUUGGACGUGUGUGUGGGGGCGUCAGGAUCUGUUCGUGAUUCUCGUGUGCUACGAGUGCCUGAUCUCUACUCCAGCGCGGAGGAGAGGAGGGCACCUUUCACGAGGAGGACGAACGUGUUACAGGACGGAACUGUCCGCGCCGGAGUAGAGAUCAGGGCACCUUUCACGAGGAGGACGAACGUGUUACAGGACGGAACUGUCAUGGGACGGUACCUGAUGAGAGAUGCAGGUUACCCGGUUCUGCCAUGGUUGAUGACUCCAUAUUCUGCAGUGAACAGAACUGCAGAGCAGGUGGCAUUCAACAACAAGUUUUCUGCAUUGCGUUGCGUCAUUGAACGGUGCUUCGGGCGGUUAAAGGGAAUGUGGAGGUGCUUUGGUCGCAAACACAUUGUGAACAUGCGAAAUGUUUGCAAGCAGUUCCUCGCGUGCUGCAUUCUCGACAACAUCAUCAUCGACGAGGGGAUUCCCGUGGACGAGGAGCUACUAUGGAGACAAGCAGAUGAAGACGAAGAAAGCGAUGGAGACGACGACGCACCGGAAUCCGACGACAGCGGUGGUGACGACGACCCGCCGGAUGGGGACUUCGACAUCGACGAGGCGUUGUUACGUUGCGAGGGGUCUUUUAUCUAUGCGAGCCAUCGCCAGCGCCACCGCGUAGCAGAGCGUUUGAGGGAGGCUAUACAUGCCCAUUCGGACCACGUUGCCAGAGUUUUUCGAUAGGGUGCUCAACACUCAUCGUGUGGCACGGUUUCUGUCGUUAUGUAACCGGUCAUGAGAGAGAGAGAGAUAGAGAGAGAGAGAGAGAGAGAAAUCAUUGAACAGCAUUUCCCUUGUUCGCAAUGCAAGUUCGUGCUUUCCUCGUUGUUUCGACGUCCACUGACCUUACAGCCUGUGUCCGCCAUGCAAGUUGGUCAUGGUAAUGACCCCUGUUAGGACGACAACAAUGUCAAAAUGUGAAAGAACCGACAAACAUAAAGAUGGAAUAUCCUGUUUUGUAGACAUCCUUACAAAUGUGUUAAUUGCAGAUAAAUCUCUUGCUUUUUUUUUUUUUGUAUUCGGUUAGUCUCCCUGCAUCGCCCAUCCUAGCAGGUUGGACCUGCCUGUCCUCGCACUUGUUUCCUCCCACCGUGUUAGCCGACAGUACGCUCAUUGAGCCAGUUAGCCGGAUCACGUGCUUUGCAAGGCACGUUCUGUUUUCUAAUGCCAAUGUCGAACGCAUCUUCGAAGUCAUAGUAAAUGGACACCAACCGG